GCCUACCGGAAACGCCGCAUAUCGAUAUUUACGUUUGCCUUUGAGCAUAAAUACACAAGUGACAAAAUUCAGUGUUUUAACACGUGACGUCCAUUAUUAUUCGGCUUUCUCGAUUUCCUGGAUGGAUGAAAGUAAAGCGUUUUAUAUAAAUUCCGAAAGUUUCGCGUAAUCCUUUCCUCAGCAGAAUGUACCAGGGUGUGAGGUAAACUGAGCCACUGUUCAGUACGUAGAUGUCUGGCGAUCCUCUCUCCAUAAUUAACAUCGACCCCGAAAACCGUAGUUGUAUUAAUCAUGGUUUCGGCAUGGAUAAUGGGAAAGCAAUACCCAAACAUGUGGACACGGAACUGCCCCCCGUGGAGAUUAUCGAAGAUGUCGCUACCGCUGUCCAAAUGCCUAACGACAUUCCCAUCUUCGACACACUGGUCAUCGAAGUACCACUGGGCAAGGAGAAACUCAAGGGAUUAAUUCUACAGAUCUUCGUGCCCUUUCUGUUAGCCGGAUUGGGUAUGGUGGGUGCUGGUGUUUUAUUGGACUGGGCAGAACACUGGACUGUUUUUAUCGAAAUCAGCGAGAUUUUAAUUAUGGUGCCGGCGCUGUUAGGCUUAAAGGGCAAUCUGGAGAUGACGCUAGCCUCGCGUCUUUCCACGCAGAUGAACACAGGAGGCUUUGAGGAUCGGAAGCGGAAAUGGAAAAUUAUCGGGUGUAAUGUGGCACUCAACCAAGUAUUAUCCACUGCGGUGGGCUUUCUGGCGUCUAUUUUAGCGGUAACCAUGUACGCCAUUAACCAUAAAGGCGAAGUGCAAACACGAAACGUACUCUUGGUGCUCGGCACGGCUAUGUUGUCGGCGUGUUCAACAAGUGUCAUUCAAGGUUGGUCCUACACGCAGAACCUUUGGUUUUCGUGGCCUUAUACUGUGAUGAUUGGGACUAUUCUCUUUGCCAAACGCUACCAUCUCAAUCCGGACAAUAUUGCCACGCCGGUUGCGGGAACAAUUGGAGAUGUGUUGACGUUGGGCAUCUUAUCUGGAUUUAGCUAUCUCUUUUACAGCGCCUUUGAAACAUCGUACUGGUUAAUCGGCCCCGUAGUGGCUAUCAGCUGUUUAACGUGCUUGGUGCCAUUAUGGGUCUGGCUGGCACGGAAGGAGCCCACAACCCGCCACGUACUGAUCCAUGGUUGGAUACCUGUUAUUGUAGCCAUGAUCAUCAGUAGCUGCUCGGGAAUUAUUCUGGAGAAAGUGCUCAGCACCGGUCGAUAUUUUACCGGACUGGCGGUGUUUCAACCUCUUAUAAACGGUGUGGGAGGAAACAUUGUAUCAGUGCAAUCCAGUCGGAUUGCCACAUAUCUCCAUUUGGCCUACAAGAUCCCCGGGCGCGUACCUCAGGAUUACAGAUUCUGUCACAGUCCUUGUCACUCUUUCUGUUCGCAUUCAAACGUCAACUCCCGGACGGCUCGCCUCUUGCUGAUGAUGGUCAUACCGGGACACUUGGUCUUCUUAUUCGUGAUAACCUUUGCCAAAGACGACGCGAUGACUUUGCGCUUUGCCGUGGUGUUCAUUGCUAUGGCCUUAAUUCAAGUGUCCAUGCUUCUUUACCUAUCAGAUGUGGUCACGCAUUUCGCCUGGAAAAAAGGACUAGAUCCUGAUAAUCAAACCAUUCCAUAUCUGACGGCACUGGGCGAUUUGAGUGGAACCGGUCUGUUGGCUUUAGCUUUCUUUUUAUUAUACGUGACCGGUACUAACGACAACGUGCACUGAAGUUUUGAACUGGUUUUUUCUUAAUUAAACAUCCUUUUAAGCAACGUGACACGUCCUCCAUCGACAUUGUUGGCACACAUUCUCUUAUGCAGCAGUGAUAGUGAACGGUCCAUGAGGCUUCAUAGUCAUGAAUAUGAUCUCAUGACUAUACUGUGUAUGUAGUGAGUUUUGAUAAGGUACAAGUUUGUAUAAAUAGUACUUGAAUGGCCGUUGUGUGUAAGACGGUAUACUAAUACCAUAACCUGUUUCAUUUUUGUGGGGCCUCGUUUUAUGUUAUAAGUGAUUUUGUUUUACCGGUAA